UCUGAGUCAGUUUACGAAAUCAUAAAUCAAUCGUCUUCUUACGGAGGCUACGGAGGGUCGAUGGACAUUUAAAAAACAGACGCUUUAUGAUUUGUAUCCUCUUGUGUAAUAGCUCGUAUGUGCCAGCAGGUGGCAGUGUGGCGCGAGAUGUCGUCUGAACUACAGACAUUAACCGGUAGUAGAAGGGUUGUUUGGCGACUGGAGGGACGUUAUGCUAGCUAAUGGCUAACUAUAUGGAUUUCAGGAAAACAGACGAAAAAGAUGACAUCAUUUCGGGGAUGCUAAUCAUCCGCGAGUCGCAAUAACCUAUGUUUCGUGUAAUUACCUGCCGGCCCGUCAUACAGUUGACUGCAGGUGUAACGUUGUUGGAUGGUUCUCCUGAAUCAGUACCUGAAGGGCCCUUAAUUCGCGGUUCUUGGGUGAGCGACAACUGGGGAUCGCCGCCUUCUGAGAGCGGGAGCAUCGAGGCUUUAGUUCUUACCGACGACUCACUGCACUAAAGCCUCUUCUGAACAUGUCAAACACCGGACCCCCCGGACCUCCUCCUCGAUGGCGGAAUUGUCCCAGAAGAGGACAACCGGUGGCAGGUAAAUUCCUGCCGAUGAAGACGAUGUUGGAUCCCAGGUAUGAUGACCAAGUUCCAGAGGAGAACAGGUUUCACCCGAGCAUGCUGUCCAACUAUUUAAGAAGUCUAAAGGUGAAAAUGGGUUUGCUGGUGGAUUUGACAAACACGUCGCGUUUUUAUGACCGCAACGACAUUGAAAAAGAAAGAAUAAAAUAUGUGAAGCUUCAAUGUAAAGGCCACGGAGAAUGUCCUUCAAAAGAGACGACUUCGAUGUUCAUCCGGCUCUGUGAAAACUUCAUCGAGAAGAAUCCUGAAGAAUUGAUAGGAGUUCACUGCACGCAUGGCUUCAACCGGACAGGCUUUCUGAUGUGUGCUUACCUGGUGGAGAAGAUGGACUGGAGCAUGGAGGCAGCUGUGGCUGCCUUCUCCCUGGCCCGGGCCCCGGGGAUCUACAAGGUAGAGUACCUCAAAGAGCUUUUCCGCCGCUAUGGCGACGAGGAGGACGCGCCCCCUGCCCCCGCGCUCCCUGAGUGGUGCUUCGAUGACGAGGACUCCGAGGAAGUGGACGACGACGGCAACUCCGUUGGCCAGGAGUCGGGCCCCAGCUCCUCCGGGUCGGUGCCUGGCAAACGAAAGAAGGAGAAGCUAAAACUGGGUGCAGUAUUCCUUGAAGGCAUCACAGUGAAGGGCCUCACACAGGUCACCACACAACCCAAACUAGGAGAGAUCCAAAGAAUGUGUCAGGGGAUGGCCGAGUGGGAGCGGUCCGGUUUUCCCGGGGCUCAGCCCGUGUCCAUGGACAGACAAAACCUUCGUUUCCUGGAACACAAUCCAUACAAAGUCAGCUGGAAAGCUGAUGGUACGCGGUACAUGAUGUUGAUCAAUGGAAAAAAUGAAGUAUUCAUGAUCAACAGAGACAACACCAUCUUCCACAUAGCGAACCUAGAGUUUCCUUUCCGGAAGGAUCCACGUGUCCACCUAUCAAAUACUCUAUUGGAUGGGGAGAUGAUCAUCGACAAGGUGAACGGUCAGCCCGUCCCCCGCUAUUUGAUAUACGACAUCAUCAAAUUCAACGGACAGCCCGUCGGCCAGUGUGAUUUCAAUAUUCGGCUGUUAUGCAUAGAAAAAGAAAUAAUUUCAUCCCGGAUGGAAAAGAUGAAGACCGGACAGAUUGACAAAACCAAGGAGCCCUUCAGUGUCCGACAUAAACCUUUCUUUGACAUUAAUGCAGCACGAAAGCUACUGGAAGGCAGCUUCACGUCCCAGGUCAGCCACGAAGUCGACGGACUUAUCUUCCAGCCGUGCGGGAGAUAUAAGGCCGGGAGGUGUGACGAGAUCCUCAAGUGGAAGCCGCCCAAUCUCAACUCUGUGGACUUUCGCCUCAAGAUCACCAAAGUCGGAGGAGAAGGGCUGCUUCCACAGACUGUGGGUUUGCUCUACGUCGGCAGCUACGACCGGCCCUUUGCAAAGAUGAAGGCCACGAAGGAGCUGAAACAGUACGACAACAAGAUCAUCGAGUGCAGCUUCGCCAACAACACCUGGGUGUUCAUGAAGCAGCGCGUGGACAAGAGCUUCCCAAACUCCUACGACACGGCGAUGGCUGUGUGUAAAAGCAUCCAGGAGCCCGUCACGAAGGACAUCCUCUUGGAGUAUGUGGACCGCUGUUCUCCAGGAGUCCAAGCACAGAACCGGAAACACCCACCGGACCCAGACUCUGAGCUCAUGCCCCCUCCUCCUCCAAAGAAACCCAACCGGGUGCCCUAACCCACAGCUGGGCUUUCCGGACUGCUCUACAGUCACAGUGUGCGUCUCCAUCACCAGCCACGUUGACCUCCCCCCCCCCUUCCAGAAAACAGACAUUUCAAGGCUUUCUUACCCUCAGCACAUUCGCUUCAUCAGCCUGUACAUGCAAGGACUUCAGAAACCUUUAAAUGACUGCCUCGUCGUCAUUAAUUUACUUUGUAGAAACUUGUUUGUAGCUUUAAAUUGCUGGUGUUUUAUUAAAAUGAAAAUCCUGACGCUUAGGUUUAUUUUGGUUUGGUUUUCCGAUUUAUCUUCUUUCUUUUUUUUCAAGUCUGAGCUAUUUAUCUAGGGGGACGUUGUUAUGGCUACAACAUGCAGACCUUGUAUAUGUUUAGUGAACUAGUUCCUUAUUUCUAUUGAAGGAAGAGUAAACAUCGUCAACACUCAGUCUGCUGUUUGAAUGCUUUGGAAUCGGGAAAUAAUCCUUCAGGUACCAGUUCAGAUAAACUCAAAGCUGCGUGUGUUCGGACUUCAGUUAACAGGAUGUGGUUCGGGUUAAUCUGCCACUCUUCAACCCAGAAUGCAAAGUCGUCGGUUUCCGACUGUUUACAGAUACAAACAGCUCUGUGCUGUGUGGACUUUUUGUUUAAAGGCCACGUGGGCAGAUGACAACAUGGUUACAUCAUCACAACUACAAGGGAGUACGUCGUGACGCCGAGCUACAGAGGGUGACGGAUACACAUAAACCAACAUCAAGUGUAUCUGUAAGGUGAAUACUUGUGUUCUUUGAGUCGAUUGAUGUUUUGAAGAGAGUGAUGGAGAGCGCGACAGUAAAAUUGGGUUGAGAUCUGGAAGAUGUAUUCAGGCCCUGAUUGAACCUUUCAGAGACGCCCCUCAGACAUGUUUCAUCUUUAUCACAGGCAUGUUUAUGCUGUAUCUGUCACAGUGAAUACGCAGUCCUACAACCAGAAUUAAAUUGUACUUGUGUUCACUGUGUCGAUUCAGUGACACGCUGAUUUAACUGACGACUCGUGCCGUUGCGUCAAUUUCAUUCACACCGGGAGACAUUUCUCUGACGCUGCGGGUCAUGGAUGUAGCUGGAUAGCUGGCUACGUAGGAAGGUGACGCCCCACUCCUGGUUCCAGGCUGGGACACGGUCCUGACCGAUGGGGGUGUGGCACGUGGGCGAUGUUACUGGAGCUGCCAUGUUGGAAGCUUUUUGGUUCCAGAGUGAGUUUUUGGCGAGUGCAGACCAGAUUCAACUGAGCAUGUGUUGUCGCGCGUGGCGUCUCCUCUGUUAAUGCUCCUUGAUUCUUAUUCUCCUUUAUAAAUUUUGCAUUGGCCGUCUUGUAGUUGAGCUCUGUAAAUGAAGAUGACUUCCCAUCCAACUUUUUAAAAAACAUGCUCAUCGCUCCUUCAUUUUUAUACCAUCGGAAAAUUGUUGCCAGGGAACAUUUCAAUUUAUUUUUCUUACCAUGUUGCCCACGUUGUUGCCUGUUGCUAGGAGUGUCUCCCAUCUGCACUGUUUAUCACCCACUGUCGUGUUUGUGGAAAUGCUCGGCAGAUCUCACAUGCUGACUGGUUUAUUUACCUUCUUUGGUUGGGUUUAACCUGUGUAAAUCAUGUUGUUUCCAUCAGUUUGAUGUAUUUAUUUAUGUAUGUUUUUUUAAAUUAAGGGGACACUCUUAAGUGGAUGAUGCUACAGAAAUUAUUCAACAUUGAGGGAUAUUUAUAUUUCUGUCUGACUAAAAUAAGUGUGCAUUUCA